UUUUUUUAUUGUGAAAAUCCAAACAAAGACUCGAACACAGAGAAAACAGGACGGUAAAAUGUUAGCAUUUUGUAUCCCCUUGAUGUUAAUCAGCUCCUGUACACCUAUGAAUUUACCAAUAAGAAACACAGUAUAUGGUAAAGUUAGCGGGAAAAUAUCCGUACGUGUUCCGAAUGUAGAAGUGGAGGAGUAUCUUGGUGUUCCUUAUGCGUCUCCUCCUAUAGGUCAUUUACGUUUCAAGAGACCACAGGAGCCUAAACCCUGGAAGCCUAACAUUUUAGAGACCAGUGAAUUAUCACCAGCAUGUCCACAGUAUUCAAUGAAAUAUAUACAGUUCCAUAAACCAGAGUUUGUUAGAACUGACGAAGACUGUCUAUAUAUGAAUAUCUAUGUGCCAAAAGUCGAUACCGAGUUACUGCCAGUACUUUUAUUUAUUCAUGGAGGAUCCAACGUAGUAGGUAUGGGCGCCAUGCUGGAUGGCGAUAUAUUAGCAGCACAUGAGGAAAUAAUUGUCAUAACUUUUAACUACAGACUUGACGUUCUUGGAUUUUAUGCUGCCCCUGAAAAUGGAAUAAAAGGCAACAACGGUCUAAUGGACCAAAUGCUGGCUAUGCAAUGGGUUCAAAGAAACAUUAGAUUUUUCAAUGGUGACCCGUCAAAAGUUACAAUAUAUGGACACAGUGCUGGAGCUGGGGAUGCAGGUCUUCACAUGUUAUCCGAUUUAACGAAAGGUUUAUUCAGAAAUGCAAUCAUUCACAGUGGUUCACCUUUCGCGCACUCAAUGUUAUCUAAAUGUAUAAAAUCCAUUAGAACGUCAGUUAUCCCAACCAAUUGUCAACCUGGUACCAGUCUUAUAACUGACGAACAUCAAGAAGAGGAUAUUUUAGAUCUUUUAAACGGGACAUCUAUAGACAAAUACCUACAAAAAUGGGGCAGACAGGCUGCUGUUGUUAUUGAUACAGAAUUUAUCACAGAAAGUCCAGAACAAAUGUUUACCUGUGGACAGUUUCACGCUUGUUCAGUGUUGCUUAUAAUGGCACGAGACGAAAGCUUUCCUUUAGAUAUGUCAAGCUAUAAUGGAAUAAAUGACCGGAAUGCCAUAAAGUAUUUUAUCGAACAUGUUGCACCAGAUUUAUUUCCGGACAGACCGGGAUUUCAAGAUAGCCUUAAACAAGAACUGGAGAAGUGGAAGCAUCUGAAUAUUUCCAGUUACCCUCAAUUUUUACAAAUAUUGGGAGAUAUCGAUAUGUUUGCGCCAAUGACCAAGCUUGCAGAUAUGAUUUCCAAAUGGAUGAAUGAAGUUUAUACAUUGAGUUUUGAAUAUGUUUCACAGAAUGUAACUGGACCUGACUGGAUCGGAGUCCAGCACGGAUGGGAUUUGUUUUAUGUUUUUGGAAUUCCAACAGUUGGACAUCCAAAGUUUUCCUAUACACCACGUGAUGCCAAAGUUUCUGAAAAGACCAUGAACAUUAUUGGUGAAUACGUUAAAAGAGGACACUGGAAAUCGGGUAGUAUGGAGUUAGACAUUUACAAUCCUGACUCGAAAUCGUACAAUAAACUGGAUUAUAUCAAUGGUCAAACAGUUGUUACGCAAGAAGUCAAUUAUAAAGAACCAAGAACAGAGUUUUGGUACAAAUAUUUAUUUCCGUUCAACUUUACAUGUUAACGGCGAAUUGACAAUGUACUUCAGGAGAAAGGGAUGACAUGGAAAAAAAUUAGAAUAAGCUUCAUCUCUAACAAUUUAUAACGUACAUUUAUCUUUUGUAGAUGCUGACGUUGUUAUCACCUAAUAACGUGUUUUAGUGUUCUUUAUUUAUCUUGUAAAGUAUUAACAGUCACUGUUUAGUCCAAUGUUGGUAAUAUCCUUUUGGCUUGACAUGUUACUUGCACCCCACCAUUGUGUUGUUGUGGUGUGGUCAUUUUUGUAUUCUUAGUCUUUCUUUUUUGAUAAUGUGCUAUGUCUAUAUGCAACUAGUUUCUUUUUCGACAUAGAUGUUUUUUUUAUUAUAAAACAAUGUCAACUCUUUUGAGAUUAUGUGUGUUUAUUUGUGCACAUUUUAUUCAUGUGUCUGAGAGGUUAAGCUACCUAUAAAACCGGUUUAAUCCAACAUUGUCUACAUAAAAAAUGCUUGUGUCAAGUCAGGGAUAUGACAGUUGUUGUCCAUUCAUUUAAUGUGUAUGAAUAAAGGCAACAGUAGUAUACCGCUCUUCAAACUUCAUAAAUCGAUAGAGAAAAAAUCCAAAUCCGGGUUACAAACUAAAACUGAGGGAAACGUAUCAAACAUAAGAGAACUACGACACAACAGAGACACAACACCGAAACGUUACACACAGAAACGAACUAUAAUGUAACAAUGUUCAUUUUCCUGACUUAUUACAGGGCAUUUUAUGAAAAAGUGGUGCGUAAAACCUAGUUUUGAGGCAUGCCAAACAUCUCGCUUUAAUGUUAGUGUAAGUUAUAAUAUUAAAAUGACAAGAUUACACGGCAGGGUUAUAAAAAAUAACAGAUAAAUGGGAGAAAAUAUAGGACAGAGAAACAAACGAAUAAUAGCCAUCCAAAUAUUAUUAUACACCAGAUGAGCUUUUGUUUUGCCAUUUGAUAAGGAACUUUCCGAUAACAACUUCUAUUGUAGUUCAUUAUUUUGCUUAUUUAAAAUUGUACAAAAAUAUCUAUAAUCAGACAAGCACCAAUGCAGCUAUGAACAAACGAAGAGGUUUUGUGCUGAAAUUAAGUAAAUUCAAGUAAUCAUUUGUGUUCGUUACCGUACUAUCAUUCUGAUAUUAAACUAGGCUGUGCUUUAUUUAUGUAUAAAAUACUAUCAUGCGAAACAUAAAACAUAUGCAUGUUUAAAAUGU